AGCUGCGCAAGGUGAUAGUCUGUGCCCGGCCGCGCGGCCACUUCCCAUCCACUGCUCACGCACGAGAGGGAUGCUGGACCUCGUCACCCUCUUCGCCUCCGUUGGCCUCCAGGAGGAGCUGGCCGAGAGCCAGAAGAGGGCCCCGGUGAUCACGGAGGCGGGGGCCGACACGAGCUUCGCAGAAGACGCCGCGCAGCAGAUCUCCGCCGCGCUCGAGUCGGUGGAGGGCGCCCUCUCCUCCGCCGUCGGGGCUGUGUUCGGGGCGGGCGAGCCGGAGCAGGCGCAGGCGCCGUGCAAGAAGGCGUGAGGCGGGAUCCGUUGCGGGGCCCUCGGGCCUGGGGUGGCGCGAGAGAACCGCGGCGCGCGCUUCUGCCCCGCCAAUAGGUCCCUCGGGGGCCUCACGGAGCGAUCCGGCUCCUCAGAGCCCGGGCGUCAGGGUGGGGUCGACAGCUCCUCCUCCUCAUCGGGUUUUGAGAUUUUUCGCCGUUUUCGAGCUCCCAGGGGCCCUCCCCGGGACCCAGGACCGUCAGAAAGCAGCUCAGAAUCAAGAGUCCCGUUUCCCUCAGGACCCGUUUCCUUCAUGCCAGCCCAGUCGUGAUUCUUUCGCGACCUUGCGGUGCUUCAAGACGUCGGAUCUCGUGUGGCGCCGUGAUUAUCGGAUAUACUCCGGGAGCACCGGCGUGCUCAGCAGCGCGCAGCGACGCGCAGCAACGCGCCACCCUCUGCCUGCGGAGGAGAGGGGUACGCUACACCAUUGCAUUCUCCAGCUUGCGCGAACUGCGAUGAUCGUCAUCAUCA